GCCGGCCUUCCUCAACCCCUCCACCUCGACGCUCCCCCACUGUCCCUCUUUGCUUUGCCUUCCUCUUCUUUCCCUUCCUCUUUCUCUCAACCAUCCAUCUCUCUCCAAUUCAUCCUCUUUUCUCUUCACACGCUCAGAAACCAAAGACAAAAUGGCUUCUUACCCCCUUCUUUGCUUGGAGAACCCUCUCCUCGACAUCCAGGCUGUCGGUGACGCUGCUCUCUUGCAGAAGUAUGGCCUGAAGGACAACGAUGCCAUCCUUGCUGAGGAGAAGCACAUGGGUAUCUACGAUGAACUGCUCUCGAAGCCCGAUGUUAAGUUGAUUGCUGGUGGUGCUGCUCAGAACACUGCCCGUGGUGCUCAGUACAUGCUUCCCGACAACUCGGUCGUUUACAUUGGCUGUGUCGGUAAGGACAAGCACGCCGACACCCUCAAGGAGGCCUGUGUUAAGGCUGGUGUCCACACCGAGUACCGUGUCGACGAUGUCCAGCCCACUGGCAAGUGUGGUGUUAUCAUCACUGGCCACAACCGCAGCAUGUGCACCCACCUCGCUGCUGCUAACGAGUACAAGGUUGAUCACUUGAAGCAGCCUCACAUCUGGUCUGUCGUCGAGAAGGCCGAGUACUUCUACGUCGGUGGUUUCCACCUUACUGUCUCUGUUCCUGCCAUCCUGGCUCUUGCUGAGGAGGCCGCCGCUAAGAACAAGCCCUUCUUGCUUUCUAUCUCCGCCCCUUUCAUCGCUCAAUUCUUCAAGGACCAGCUUGACCAGGUCCUCCCUUACACCGACUACACUUUCUGCAACGAGACUGAGGCCCGUGCCUACUCUGAGAGCCACGGCUGGAAUACCGAUGACGUUGUUGAAAUCGCCAAGAAGCUGGCUCUGUUGCCCAAGAAGAACACCAACCGCCCAAGAAUCGCUGUCGUCACCCAGGGCACUCUCCCCACCGUGACCGCUUCUGCUAAGCCUAACGGUGAGGUCGAAGUUAAGGAGGUUCCCGUCCAUGAAAUCGCCAAGGAAAGCAUCAAUGACACCAACGGUGCUGGUGAUGCUUUCGCCGGUGGUUUCUGUGCUGGUGUUGUCCAGAAGAAGUCUCUGGAGGAGAGCGUUGACAUGGGCCAGUGGCUCGCACGCCUCAGCAUCCAGGAGUUGGGAGCUUCCUACCCCUUCCCCAAGCAGACCUACUCCUCGUAAAUUUCUGACAAACCUCCCUCGAAAAGCCCCAUGAGCAUGACCAUGGGGUAAUCGCAUGUUACAGCAAAAAA